CAGCGAUGGGAGCGCUCCAGUCGUCCGACGACGACGGCCAUGAGUGCCACAUCAUGGCGCACCAUGAAAUCGCCGCCUUCUACGACGCGCUCAAGGUCGCGAUGGCCAAAAGGCCAGUGCUGCCCAAAACGACGCCGACGGCCGCCGAGAUCCGAGCGCGCCUCCACGAGCACGACAAGAGGAAGCACGCACUGCUCCUGCCGCUGCCAGCCCACAUGCCGACGGCACCCGUCAAGAUCACCAAGACUAUCAAGCCCGUCGACACGGCGCGAGCAGUCUCCGAGUCGGAGCUGCGCAUGCGCGAGCUCAGUGCGCGUCAAGACCACGACACAAAUGCGCUCUUUGAGGCCAUUUUGGCCUUCAAGGCGUCAUGUAGCACGCAAGAGGCUUUCCUGGACGGUCUCGCGGGCUGCCAGCGGGCCCAGCGGCUCUGGCGCCAGCAUCAGUACGAUUCGUCGCACGACCUCGAGCUGCUUUGCAAGGUGCAGCAAAAGGCACGCGAUGCAUCUGGCGCAGGUGCCCUCACCGCAAAGCUCGCGUAUCGCGAGCCAACGAUCGAUGGUCGCCUCAAGAAGCUCGCGCUGGCCGCGUCGCUCGUCUCGUCGAACGUGCCGCCAACAUCGGGGCAGAUCUUCUACAACCAGUCGGUCACGGACCACAAACUCUUGCUCGAGAAGCAGUUGUGCUGGGAGCAAGACCUGCUGCACAUCUCGGUCGACGUCAAAAGCGAGCUGCACGACAGCGUCUUCUUGGACCGCUCCGUCGUGGAUACGAUCUACAACCUCGUGGCACUCGCACCGUUCUUCCAAACCAACUUGAUGGUGGAGGCGGUCGCGCUCGCCGAGACGUUCUGGGUCCAUCCCAAACAGUUUUGGUGGACCGCCGUACACGCUUGCGUCGACAUGGACCAGUGCGAACUGCUGCUGUGGAUGCUGCCGCAAAAGCCCAUGAUCACGCUGCGCCAUGUCGUCAAGACGUGCUUGGAAGCUAAGAAGAUUGCCGCCGCCGAAGCCCUCGCCAAGCAAGAGCCCAACGCAACGGAGCGCAGCGAGUUGCUGCAGAUGGUGCAUCGGGCACAAGGCCCCAGCGCCGCGUCACCGACGACAGCUGCUGCGAAACCUCCGCCGCCUGCACCAAAGGUACCCUUGCCUGCACCGUCGAUGCAGAGCAUUUAG